AUGCCCGGCCUUCUCUACAUCGAGCUCGCGACGACACCAGGGACGGACGAGGCCACCAGGCAUGAUCGUGGUGGAGUAGUGAUCCGGGCGGACCAGUCGUACGAGGCUGCUCUGCGUGAGGUUCACUCGUCCUUCAGAAUUUCCGAGACGACCUACGACUGCUGCUUUGCUCAGCGUCCCCCGCACCGUGACAAGCCGUUCAUCGUCGCCCCUUCAGCCUGGGAACUCCUUCCGCCCGGCUCGCACCUCGAAUUCGUCGUUACGCCGAAAGGACAGGUCAAGCCAGUUGUCGAUGUCCCGGCAAUCAUAAAGCUCGAGGACCCAAGUUCGUCAGCAGAAGGAGCAGCUGCGCGCGAGGCGUCCCUCCCGCCGUCUACCGUCCGAAGCCAGGUCGCCAGCUCGCAAGCGACCAGCUUCCACGCUCCCGCCACUCCCAGCAACACCGACGACUCGGAUGUCGAAGUCAGUGACAGCGAGGACGAUAGCAUUGCGCUGCGAGGGGGACUCUUCGGACCGAGGCCGAGCGGGCUUGCUGGCGAAGGUGAACAUGGCGGCGACGGCUUCCAGGCGGACGAUCCGCGACACAACGCCGCUCAACGCGCGCGGUCUGCAUCGCCAUCCCCUUCGACCCUUUCCAGUCGGAACGGACGCAUCAAGGCGGACUUGCGACGUCGCAUCGAGGAGUCGGAAGGCGAGGAGCGCGUCGCAGAGUCAACCUCCAAUCAGCACGACUCGUCUGGGUCCGCUCAAUCCCGCACCCUCGACGGAACUCCUCGCGCGUCUCGCACCAGCGCAGACUCUGAGGCGUCUUUCCGAGUGGGACUUGACGCGAACGGCAACGUCGCCUUCGUCGCCCCUUCGCCUGCGCCCUGGUCUCCCACGUCACGAUCCGCAACUGCCGCACAGUCGCGAAAAGGCAAGGAGCGGGCAUACGAGCCGGUCGCAGCCUCGCCAGCCAAGAAGGCCGUCAAGAAGGAGGUUUCGUCGCCGGCAAAGGGUCCCGUUGCGUCGACAAGCGGCAGUUCCGACAUGUCGAUAUGGCGAACGACUUCCCUCAACCCUCGCAUCUCCGGCGAAGCCUCGACCUCCGCCAGCUCAUCCGGCCUUUCGUCAUCUCGCUCGAUCCCCAACCUCUCCUGCGGCUCAGCCAGCAGUUCCGCCUCGCCCGCCCUUUCCUCCAUCCACCCCCCUGUGGUCAAACGAGCAAGAUCGUCCUCCCCGGACGCCGCGCCGAACAAGCGCGUCGCACAGACGACGCCUCGAGCCGGCCGAGCGGCGCCUAGUUCUCCCGCACGCUCUCACCUACACCGAACGUCGCCAUACGUCGCGCAAGACACUCCGCCGCCUCCGCCCGCCUCGCAGAGGUCGUCAACGGCCCGAAAAUCAUGGUCCGACAAGCGUCGUGAAGCGCUCUCUCGCCCUCGCGUCUCGAUCCCGCCUCUCGGCCGCAGCGAGCGCUUCCACUACUGGAUCCGACUCCCAAAUUGGCCGACCGCACCUCCCAACUUGGGUCCGCUCAAGCCGGUCUUGCUCUUCAUGCAGCAAGCGAGGGGCGACGUGACGCUCGGUCUCACACUCGCGCGAGUAUUUGACGCGGCAGCAGAACACAGCGGAUGGGACGCAAAGGACCUGAAGGCGACGUUCCAUGUCCCGGACGACGCGGGGAAGGAGGAGGACGUCGUCGUUUGGGGAUGGGACACGAUCUUGACCGAGUUCUGCGACUUGGAGGAGAUUGGCCUCGAGGGGAAGGGCGACGUUAUCGACUUUGACUACGCUCCGUACCGCCCGGAUCGCGGCUGCUAUGAUGUAGACUGA